GCGCAGACCUGAGAGUGGCUGGCAUUCAGCCUGCAGCGCCAUCCCCCCUUUGGGGGGAGACCAGCGCGGGUUUCACAGGCGCCAUGCCCCUCCUCCGGAUUCUGUGAGCGUCAAGGGCAGCUGCUCUUUGGCGUUCCGAUGACCUCAGAAACUAGAAAUGCUUAUUUCGGGCUCUGUCCUACUGGCCACUGUGGUCAGGAGUGGAAAGCACCUGCCAGGUGCUGCCGUGGGAUUGGGCCGACGAGAAACUUCUGCAAGCUUUGCGGCUUAGCCAGGCCCUUUCCACCCUGCCUUUCCUGGGCGCUCAAACCACGGCAGGUGUCGCGCGCCCCCUGUGGGCGGAGCGGGGUUACGGCGCUGACGCUUUCAAUGGAGUUUUCCCAACCACCCUGCCACAAAUACCAAUUGUUCUUGUUUGACAAACGAUGAAACCAACUGGCGGAAGAGCACUACCCCGCGGGACCGGGACACGUCCAGCCCAGCACGGGACUUUGUCCUCGAAGCUUCUUCCCGUUCGCUCUGGGCCUAGCGCAAGGGCACGAGUGCUCAGCUGCGGCUGGAAGCGCUCUGAACUGCAGCCUUCGCGCGGAGGGGCCGGGGGUGGGGGGUCCGCAGGGUCGGGUUCCGAUAACCGGCCCCGCGUAGGGACGAGCUACGGCGGCCGGCUGGGGCCGCGGCGCGCCUCGCCACGGUUCCCGUCUCAGCCAAUCGCGCUCGAGGCCCCGCCCUCUGCGCCCGUCGCCGGAAGGAGCCGUCGCCCGGAGCAACUGCGACGUCCGGCUUUCGAGUGUGGCGGCGGGAAACCAUGAGUAAAGGCCGGGCAGAAGCGGCGGCGGGAGCCCCCGCGAUCCUCCUGAGGUACCUGCAGGAGCAGAACCGGCCCUACAGCGCCCAGGACGUGUUCGGGAACCUGCAGCGGGAGCACGGGCUGGGCAAGGCGGCGGUGGUGAAGGCGCUGGAGCAGCUGGCGCAGCAGGGCAAGAUCCGAGAGAAGGCGUACGGCAAGCAGAAGAUCUACUUCGCGGACCAGGCCCAGUUUGACACGGUGAGUGAUGCUGACCUCCAAGGCCUGGACGCCAAAAUCGUGGCCCUGACGGCGAAGGUGCAGAGCUUGCAACAGAGCUGCCGCCACAUGGAGGCUGAGCUGAAGGACUUAACGAGUGCCCUGACCACGCCGGAGAUGCAGAAGGAGAUCCGGGAGUUGCAGGAGGAGUGUGCGGGCUACAGAGAGAGGCUGCAGAACAUCAAAGCAGCCGCCAACCACGUGACUCCGGAGGAGAAAGAGGAGGUCUACAAGGAGAGACAGAAGUACUGCAAGGAGUGGAGGAGGCGGAAGCGGAUGGCGACAGAGCUGUCCGAUGCCAUCCUGGAAGGAUACCCCAAGAGCAAGAAGCAGUUCUUUGAGGAAGUUGGGAUAGAGACAGACGAAGACCAUGACGUCAAGCUCCCAGACCCCUGAGGGCCUCUCCCAGGCCUGAGGACCGGGAGUGAAAGCUGGGCUGGACUGGCUGCCUUCUUCAGCUUGGCCUUUGUUGUUCCCCACCCGUGAGCAAAGCAGUCCGGAGGAAGGCACCAGUGUACUGGGUGGAGGGCGUGGACGGCCACGCCCAUUUCAUUGUCCACACAGCAGUGACUUGAGCUUGACAUUUAAGACCCAACAGUGCUCAAGGAAAGCAUUUGGCAAUAUUUAUUGUAAUAUAAUUUGAUAUAAAAAUAUUCCAUUUCCUCUGGAUAGUCAAACCUCCCAGAUAUCAAACCUGAGGAAGGCUUGGAGGGGAACUUGGAGGACAGGGGCGGAGAGAGGCUGUUACCCACCAGCGUCUGGGGCGCCUGGGAGACACAGACCCGGACAAGUGUGACAGAAAGGCUGCGGGGAUGGGGUGGCAGGGUGGCACCGCGGGGUCAAGUCCCAGCCACUGCACGUCCAUCGCUUCCUGUUAAUGCCCCUGGGAGGCAGCAGAGGCUGGCUCCAGCACCCACAUGGGACACCUGGAUGGAGACCUGGGCCCCUGGCUUCCGCCAAGCCCAGUCCUAGCAACUGUGGGCAUCUGGCGAGUGAGCCCGCAGACAAAACGGCUGUCUCUGUUGCUGUGCUUAACAUAAGUAGGUGAAAACAGACCUUUAAAAAAGAAAUCUCUCAGCAAAAGCCUCCCUCCGCCUUAAGAAAAGGGGUUGGGGCUAGUUUUGAGGCCCAGUUAACUUUCCAGAAUUGUAGCUUUAACAAAAUUGUGGUUUUGGUGUUUAGAAAAAUAAAAAGUUUCAAGUAUGUA